AUGCCGUCACAAGUCUGUAUGUAUCCUUGGGGUCAAUUCGCGGCCACAAAGCUGACGCAAGGCAGUUACAAAUUCUCUGUGACGCUCGCAAAUCCGGCAAGAAGAGACGUAUCAGCAAAGGCGGCCAGCAUUACACUAGGCUUCGACGUAAACUACGAUAUUCGGCAUGCGGCGCAGAAGUUUGGGUUAUCGGAGGAUUGCGAUUUGGCACAGCGCUUGGGCAAGGCUAACAUGAAACGUCGCCAGAUGCUUGCUUACCACAGGCAACACGACAGCAAGAUUUCGAAGCAUGCGCAUGCUUUUUUCGAUGAGCACGUCGCCCAGGAUACGAAUAAUAUACUGGACGCUACUUUUUACCAACACUCCCCUGCUGUCAAUAUUGCUGUUAGUGUCCCUGGUGUGAAGAGCACCAAGUCCACUGAGUGGACACAGGACACCACUGUUUCCACAGUUCUUAACCACGACAUUCUUGAAACUGCUUCAGAUACAGAACGAACAGUCUUCUCGGACACCGGCUCAACCGCCGAUCACACAGUUCCUCAGUCCAGAAUCCCCUUGCCCCCUUUAUCGGACACAGUUGUCGAACAAACUCCAUUCAUUUGCCCUAUAUGCUGCCAAUGGAUCGUGCUGAAGAACCUCACCAGAGACUGGGAACUUCAUGUAUACAGUGACUUACAACCGUAUAUAUGCAUGUUUGGAGAUUGCGUCCAGAGCGAUCAACUCUAUGGCAGCUAUAGGGAAUGGAGCGAGCAUGAGCGCCAAUUCCACCGCCUUGAAUGGCUGUGCGUGUUUUGUUCUAAGCCAUACGAUUCUAAAAACGGGUUAUCGAUGCACAUUCAGCGCGAGCACGCGGACGUCAUUCCAGAAAGUCAGUUACAGCUUCUUACAGACGUUUCGAAACGGCCAUCAAGCAGAGCUCAUCAAUGUCCCUUGUGUACCAAGCCUCCCAUAUCUGACCCCGAAACAUUCCAGUUUCAUCUAGCCCGUCAUCUGCAACAGUUGGCUUUGUUCAUUUUGACUCCUUACGAUACCGACGUCCUGUCCGGCUCUGACAAUCAGUCGUUCCAAGACGCAUCGGAUAGAAGGGAAAGAUCCGACAAGGUGGAUGAGCAAGAUUGGCUGGAUGGACUGGAUGACAUGGAUAAGUUGAAGAGGCUCGAUGAGACGGAUGAUAUGAGUGAGACGAAUGAGACGUAUGAUAUGGAUGAGAUGAGUGAGAUGGAUGAUAUGAAUGAGACGAAUGAGACGGAAGGGCCUGGUGAGCUGAGUGAAUCGGAUGACCCAAAGAGCACCGCCAGCACGGCACUCGCACGCUUCAAGGAGGGGCUCCACAAACACAGUGUACAAUCAUCGGCUGUUCAUGCGAAGUUCAUCCCUAUAGCCCAUGUUCACCAUCUAGUGAGAAAGCACUUGCUAGCUAUCCUUCGUGAGGAGUCGAUAGUUCAGGCCGAGAGCACCUCUCGGUUCGGCAGGAUAAUCGAGAAGGAGGCACCAAAGGUCUUCACGAUUUUAGCGCAGGUGAAUCGUGAACGGUGGAUAAUUGAAUUUUUGAAUGAGGGGAUACGGGACAGCAAUUUACCCUUCAUGCCGGCCUCAACCUCCAGCAGCAUGCCUCUAGCCCUUGUCACCAGGCAAGGCGAACCGAUCCGAGCAUUGGAAACCUGGGACAACAAAACGAUCAGAAAGUUGUGUAGGAAGCAGUAUUGCGUGCUGAGUCCUGUCUUUAGCAGGGGAAAACACUACAACCUGAACAACUUACACAUCCUUCCCUUCAUGAAGAAGGAGACCGAGGAAGCUCGAGCGCAUCAGGCACGGGCCGCAGGGGGGUAUGGAGAAGUGUACCGAGAGUACAUCCAUCCGAACCAUCAUACCUUCGAAACCUCUUCGCCGAACAAUGAACUGGUUGUUGCUGUCAAGCCCUUAUCCAGGGAUCAGGACUUUGAGCUCGAGAGCAAGGUUUAUCGCGACUUGGAUCCACCUGGCCAUCCCAACUUGGUUCAACUCUUGUUCACUUUCCGCAUGGAGGACAAGUACUCUUGCGUCUUUCCGUGGGCCGACGGAAGCUUGAGGGAUUAUUGGGAGCGAUAUCCAAGUCCAGAGCACAAUUCUGACGUUAUCAUCUGGUCCCUGACACAGAUGGCGGGAAUUGCGAAUGGGCUGGCCGUUUUACAUAAUGUCAUGGAUCCAGCGCCAGGGAAGUCUCGCUACGGUCAUGGAGACAUAAAGGCACAGAAUAUCCUCUGGUUCCGUGAUCCAAAGGUGCUGAAGAUAUCCGGCUUAGGGCUAGUUAGUGUGCGCGGCAGAGACUCUCCCAUCCACCUCAGCACAGUCGUUGAAUCGCCCACAUACUCACCCCCAGACAAGCAAAGAGGGCAUAUCGUCGGGGCCAAGUCGGAUAUUUGGAUGCUUGGAUGCUUGUACCUCGAGUUUGUCACCUACCUUGUUCUCGGAAACCCAGCUAUUCAGUUCUUCUCUGAACAGCGACAAGAACCGGACUCCGAAAUCCCCGAGUUAUCAAGUGACAGGUUCUAUUCGGCGGACUACGAGAGCGUCAAGCCGUCCGUUACCCUUUGGGUCAAGUACCUGAAGCAACAAGCGCGCUGCUCCAGCCUCAUACACGACAUCUUGGACCUCGUGAUGAACGAGAUGAUUCUCAUCCACCCUGGUUCCAGAAGCACGUCGGCGGAGAUCUCCGCGACCUUGGACGGCUUACUUCAACGCGCCAAGGAGGACGACAAAUACCUUCUGGAGAGGAAAGUUGGCGUUCAAAAUGCACCGGUCGGUCUAGCUACUCGUCCAGCAAAGUCACUGCGGUCACGGCACCAAUGA